UGGAGGGGGGGCGCGUGACGUCGCGGCCAAGUGCCCCGCCCCCCGCCGCCGUCGUCGCCGGGGACGUCAGAGCGAUGUAGAAGAUGGCGGAGUGCGCCGAGCUCAAGCAGAUGGUGAUGAGCUUCAGGGUGUCGGAGCUGCAGGUGCUGCUGGGCUUCGCAGGGCAGAACAAGAGCGGGCGCAAGCACGAGCUGGUGACACGCGCCCUGCAGCUGCUGCAGGCCGACUGUGGCCCCGCGGUUCGCAUGAAGGUGCAGGAGCUGUACCGGCGCCGCUACCCGCGCAAGCCGACCGCCGCCGUGGCGCAAGCGGUGGCCGAGUACCCGUACCACGCCGCGCUGGCGCUCUCCCAACUCUACGAGGCGGCCUCCGCCCCGGCGCCAACCCCCCACGAGCUCCUGGCGCCGCCGCCCCCCUCGCAAGCUUCCGGCGCCACCGCCCUCCUCCUCGUCGACCGCGCCGGCGGCGGCGACGGUGCAGCCCUCGGGCCACGCCAAAGCCGCGUCGCAGCAGCAGCAGGCAGGGGGAAGAGGAGGAGGGAGGGCCCGGGCACCGGCUGCAUCCCAGACCCCCGAGGCACAGCGCCGGCCCCGGCGCCCUCGCAACCGGUCGCGGCGAGCGACCCGCGGGCGGCGGCGGCGCCCGUGCAGCUCGCCCACCUGCCCUUCUACGACGUCCUGCACGAGCUGGUGCCCCCCACGGCCCUCGUGGGGAACAAUGGACAGCGCUACCAGGAGACCUACUUCACGUUCGCACUCAGCAGCCAGGACAUCUCCAUGCUGAGUGGCAGCAGGGACUACUUCCCGGGUGACGAGAGCGACUUCCCAGUGCAGCUGCAGCUCAGGUUUUGCCUGGCUGAUUCCGGCACCGCCCAGGAUGAUAACUUCCCUCCCAACCUGUGCGUGAAGGUCAACGGGAAGCCCUGCAUGCUGCCGGGUUACCUGCCGCCCAGCAAGAACGGGGCGGAGCCCAAGCGGCCGAGUCGACCAAUCAACGUGACCCCGUACGUGCGUCUCUCCACCUCCACGCACAACCACGUGAGCGUCGUAUGGACCUCCGACUACGGCAAGAGCUUCGCCGUGUCGCUGGCGCUGGUGCGUCACCUGACCUCGGCUGCGCUGCUGCAGCGACUGAGGAGCAAGGGGACCCAGGAGGCGGCCGUGUCGCGUGCGCUCAUCAUGGAGAAGCUGCGAUUGGACCCUGACAGCGACAUCGCCACCACGAGCCUACGCGUGUCCCUGCUGUGUCCGCUGGGGAAGAUGCGGAUGAGCGUGCCGUGCCGGGCGCGCUCCUGCUCGCACCUGCAGUGCUUCGACGCCGCAUUGUUCAUCGCCAUGAACGAGAAGAAGCCGACGUGGGUCUGCCCCGUGUGCGACAAGGCGGCGCCCUAUCUCAGCCUGCUCAUCGACGGGCUGUUUGUGGGGAUCCUGUCGGAGUGCGACGAGGUGGAGGAGGUGGAGUUUGGACCCGACGGCUCCUGGGUCCCCGCUCCGCACGGCCGCGAGGAACGUGCGCACACACGCACCGACAGAGCAGGCCAGGCCGACAAGCCCACGGUCGCCGGGGGAGAUGACGCUGCCUCGGAAGACGGCGCAGGUGCCAGUUCGGAGGUCAUCGACCUGACCCUUGACCCCUCUUCAGACGAGGAUGAGGAGGGGGGCGGCCGAGAGGGUGGGCGCCGCUCGAAACGACCACGACUCUCCGCACCCAGCAAGGCCGGAGCGCUGAGCUCACUUCAUUCGCUGGGCUCCAGCCGCAGUCCGGCUCCUCUCGACUCCAGCUUCCUGUGUGUCUCUCCGCAAGACUACCCUCCCCUCUACCACGCUGUCCCACCGGACCUGCAGGCGCUCUACUUUGGGCGCCCGCGGAUCAAGAGGGAGGCGCUGACCGACUCCUCGCCCCCCCCGCCCCCCCUCCUCAAGCCCGUGCCCCCCCCUCCACGCAUGCACACGGACACAGAGACACCGAGCUCAGGCCUGGAUCUCUUCUCGCUCUUACAGAGCGACUUCCAGGCCUUGUGCCAUGCCUCUCUGCAGCACUACAGCCCCUCGCUGGGCAUGGGGUUGGGUUUGGGCGCCAUCGCCGGUUGCGGCGGCGGCGGCGGCGCGGCCGGACGGGCCGCCGACAGCCCGGCGCUGAGCCAGUCGCCGGGGCUGAGCGCCACGGCCGCGGCGACCGCAGCGGCGGCCGCCGCCGCCGCUGCGGCCGCGGCCCACUUCUACCCGUACGCCGGCGCCACGGGGCUGUACGCCGCCGCCGGUACCGUCACGGACGCGCUCGCCAACCCCGGCGCGCUCUCCCUCUCGGCAACCGCCGGCACCACGGGGGGGCUCAUGGGGCUCGUGUCACCGCACCGCAGCGCCCAGAGGGACCUGCACCACCACCACCACAACCGCCACCACCGCCAGCAGCAGCAGCCCUCCAUGUCCAACAUCAACAGCAACGGGCUGCGGGAUCCCUUGGGCGGCGGUGGCAGUGGCGGCAGCAGGAGUGGCGGCGGCAGCAACGGCCUCCGCGAUUCGCUAAUGCUGGCCAGCAACGGACUGCGGGAUUCGCUGAUCGGCCGGGGCUCCGGCGGCGGGGGCGGCAACAACGGGCUCCACGAUUCGCUGAUGCUGUCCAGCAGCGAGCUUCGCGAUUCACUCAUCGGCGGCGGCGGCAACAACGGGCUCCACGAUUCGCUGCUCCUCGCCAGCAACGGCCUGCGCGACUCGCUCCUGUCCAGCGAUGCGGCGCGGCAACACCAGCACCUCCAGCACCACCACCAGCAGCAGCAGCAGCAUCACCAGCAGCAGCAUCACCAGCAGCAGCAUCAUCAGCACCAGCAGCACCAGCAGCAUCAGCGCCGUGUGCAGCACUUUGGUCUGGCGAACGGCGCGGCGGUGGCGGCCGGCCUGGGGCUGUGUGUGGACGACAUGGUCUCCCUGGACGACUGAGGCGCGCGCGGGGGGGAGGGGAAGUCUACUCAGUCACUUUACGUCGCUCGGUGUGGCCGUGCAAGUCGUGUAUUAUUGUGUGGGCCCCACACCUGGGUAAAGCGAGCAGGGGGCCCCUGGUGGAGCGAGCGAGCGGGACCCCGGUGGAGUAAGCGGGGCCCUGGUGGAGCGAGCGGGGCCCCGGUGGAGCGAGCGGGGCCCCGGUGGAGCGAGCGGGGCCCUGGUGGAGCGAGCGGGGCCCCGGUGGAGCGAGCGGGGCCCUGGUUGUAGCGAGCGGGGCCCUGUUGGAGCGAGCGACCGGGGCCCUGGUGGAGUGAGCGACCGGGGAGGUCCCUGGCGGAGCGAGCGGGCCAGGGGGCCCCUGGUGGAGCGAGUGAGCGGGCGGGGGGGGGCCCUGGUGGGG